AUGUGCUCUCUGUGCUUCCAGAUCAGAAGUAGCCAUCAUACUCAAUUUCCUACAAGCCUUUGGGUCAGUGGAGCUCUUGUGACCACUGCAAAACUGAAUCUCGUUCAAACCUUAAUGAUCAUUCGGACCAAACGUACCCAAAGGCUUAGAGGCAGAGACUCCCACUUCCAGCCAUUUUCAUACGAAAUUCAUGUGGAAAAAAAAAACAUAGACUGUAAAACAAAAUGUGACUGUUCAGAUACCUUCUCUGAAGAGGAAUGCAAAGUGUAAGACUUGCCUGAACUGAUUGUUGCUUGAGGUACAGAACAGAAUUUAGAAAAACACAAAGCCUUGCUUAAUGUUGUUUUCCACAGACGGAUAAUCUAGUCUUUAAGAAUUAGUUACAGUGGUUAGUGUUGUUUACAUCCAACAAUGCACCUCUCUCAUCCACUCAGUUUGUCUAGCAUCAGCUUUCAGCACUUGGUACCGUUGCACUUCUGUUACCCGGUAUUACCAAAUUUGUCUUCCAGGUGAACAUUCAAAGCCUGUCAUUCCUUGACCUGCUGUGUGUGUUGAAUGGAUUCAGUGCCACUGUCUCCUCAUUAAAUGCGUUGGUGAGGACCCCAAGACUGAUGCAUGUUGAUCUCUCCAGUUGCAAAACAGACCUGUAGGCCUAUUUUACCCAUAAACACUGAAACCAAUGAACCAAAAAUCAGUCUUGAGAAGGCACUGCAAAACUGGAGAGGUCUGUGUUGGCAGAAGGUCUGUGUGUGUGGACAAGAUGGUGCAGGGUUUGGCACUAAUUCUUCAUUGCCAGUUGUUAUUUAGCAGUACAACUUACCUUGCUAAAGAUGGAUUUCCACAGAAGUAGAAAACUCUGGGACUUGCAGAAUUAUAAAGUCUUAAGUCAGAUGUUACUGGGAGAAGUGACAAAUACCAUUGUCAGCUCUUGUGAUUGUAUUAAGGCCUAUUUUUGGUGCUCUUGAUAAAUCUCAAAUGCUUGUAAACAUGUAAUUAUAUGGAAAACUUCUCUGUCUCGUUUUAACAGAAGUUUUUCCUCAUGCGUGCAGAGAAAUCCUUGGGAACACAACCUGCACAAAUGUGUGCUAAUGGAAUCAGAGGAAUAAAGACAGGUUUCAGAGGAAUAAAAACAGAUUUUCUUUUAUGAAGUUAGGUUUUUUAAGCCAACUUUACGUUUGGGAUGAAAGUUGAUGUGUUUUGGAUGCUUGUUGAUUGGCAGCACUGUAAGUGGGGAAGGUGUAAUAGGCUUGGUCACAAGAAGGAUGUCACAAAAUUAACAUAAAGCUGAUAAUUCUCUUAAUGAUACAGUGCAUUUGUUAAAACAGUGGCUUAUACACAGCAAGUACAUGCACGUGUCGUGCAUUCUUUCAGUAAUAUUAAAAAAUUGCUGGUAUUGGUGCACUGUCCCGAUCCAGAUAGGUGCCUGAUGAUAACGUUUUCAGUUUAAAAUCAUGCACAGCAUCUGAAUUGCACAGUGGCAUGUCUGCUGGUGCAGAUCAUUGAUUCUUAGGAGCAGAGCACCUCCACUGAUUUUGAUUAUAGUGAAAUGCUGGAUAAUCAGCCUUCUGGAGAGAUGGUCUUUGGGGACAUUAGUGCUGAAAGCUGUGACUGAUUCUGGCGAGAAGAGAAAAUGUUCAGCCCUGGUUCAGUGUCUGGAGUGGGUAAAAUGCAACACAAGGAAGCAGCGGGCAGAACAGCGUGUAUUUACAUCGCUUAACUUUAGGUAUGGCUCCUUCCGUUGUCAGUGGGGAGCAGAAAGUCCCCACAGGGUCACUCACAGCAUCUAAAUGUGGCUGUUGACCUCUGACUUAGGUACUCUGAGUCAUGCUCUAGACCACAGGGAACUCUCAAACCUUCAAGGUAGGCAAUGAGAAUACGAUUGCAGAGGCUGCUGAGGAACGGAAGAGUCACAAGGUGUGAAGUUUAAACCGCUGGAGUCCAGCUGGUACAGGAGCCUCUCUGGGUACACCGUAAGGCUUGGCCAUGCUGGAAAGUGUGUGCACAUUGAGAGCCCCAAAAGGACACAGUACUUUCACCCGUGGACGCUUGUGCUUCAAAGCAAGGGUGCUGCUGCUACAGGAACCACUUCUGGGACAGCUCUGCACCAUUUCCUUGUGCAGACGAGGUCUGAUUUCAUCUGCUGGAAGGAAAAGUACAACCUUGUGAGUUGUUUUGCUUUCUUUUUCAUCUUUCACCCUACAGAAUUUAUGCUGAACUAGAAGAGCCCUUGAGAGGGACUGGGACCCUCCUUGUGUUCUGGCAAAGAUGCCCCUGAGCAGCAGUGGAGGCUUACAGCAGCGUGUGUGUCCUCCUCCAAAGCAUCCUUUACUGAUGCUUCAGCAGAGUUGUAAUCUUCCCUCGGCGUAUUUCUUUAAAAACCCCAGGCCUGUUUAUACAGGGGGAGGCACGAAAAAUUAAACCAAAUUAGCUUCCUAGAUGAAGUAAGCCAAAUUAAGUUGAGGUCACCUUAAUUUUGAAUGUGCCCUCACAGCAUUUAAUUCAGUUUAGAUAAUCCACUUUGCCAGUUAAUUAGGGUUUAAUUUUCCUGACCGGUUUUGUAUCGACACGCUCACAGGUUUCGAAACUUUCUCCCACACGUAUGAACGGUCCGGUGUGCACGCAAGGAGGACGAGCGUAUUUUUUUGGUAACCUGUAGGAUCUUAACUUGUAGGUUUUGCCCAACUUUAGGAACAGCGCCUAAAAACAACAGGCAUAACGGGGGGACUCGGGGAAAAAUUGUGAGCUCUCUCCCUCCCCGUUCUGUCUCUCGGGGCAGGGAUGGCUAACGAAGGCGUGAAGGGGCUCGCGUUAUGUAAAGCGGCAGCCCACUGGCUGCGUGCACGCGCGCGCACGCGUGUGUGCGCGUGCAGGAGCGUGUGUGCAAGAGCCAGCAGCGAGGGGAGAGGCGCCCAGCCCUCGCCAGAGCCGCACAAACAAUCAUAAGCACAAAGAGAGCGGGGCGGGGGGAGACGAGAGGCUGAGCCAUGGCAGGCACCCGAGCAGCGUGCGAGGUGGCCGGGAGAAAGGGCUGCGGGUGCCCGUGAGCACCCCAUUGCCCUUGUUCCCCGAGGAAGGGCUCUGCCAUGGUGCAAGGGGUGAGCUCCCUCCCACCCCAUCGCUGGCCCACCCUCGCUCUCCCCUCGCCACGCACAAGUGCAUGAAUGAAUGAAUUCCUAGCUGCUCCGCGCCGCGCUACGGUCCCUAAUGGCUACCAGUACUGCCAGUAACUCAAACCGCAGCACGCCUGCCUGCUCCCCCAUCCUGCGCAAACGCUCUCGGUCCCCAACACCGCAGGACUCCCAAGGAGACACCAUGGUGGAAAAAGGCUCAGACCACUCAUCAGACAAAUCCCCUUCCACGCCGGAGCAGGGUGUACAGCGGAGCUGUUCCUCUCAGUCAGGCCGCAGUGGGGCCAAGAACUCCAAGAAAAGCCAGAGUUGGUAUAAUGCGCUCUGUUAUUUGCAGGUGUUGAGUCCAACCUACAAACAACGGAAUGAAGAUUUCAGGAAACUCUUCAAGCAUCUUCCCGACACAGAGCGUCUCAUUGUAGAUUACUCAUGUGCACUACAAAGAGACAUUCUCCUGCAGGGCCGCCUCUACCUCUCUGAAAACUGGAUCUGCUUUUACAGCAACAUCUUCCGCUGGGAGACAUUGCUGACAGUUCGCUUGAAGGAUAUCUGCUCGAUGACCAAGGAAAAAACAGCACGGCUCAUUCCUAAUGCCAUCCAAGUUUGCACUGACACUGAAAAGCACUUUUUUACUUCCUUCGGGGCUCGAGACAGGACGUACAUGAUGAUGUUCAGACUCUGGCAGAACGCUCUCCUUGACAAGCCUCUCUGUCCAAAGGAGCUCUGGCACUUUGUCCACCAGUGUUAUGGGAACGAGCUAGGUCUGACCAGCGAUGAUGAAGAUUAUGUGCCUCCUGAUGAUGACUUCAACACAAUGGGCUACUGUGAAGAAAUCCCUGUGGAAGAGAAUGAAGUCAAUGACAGCUCCUCAAAGAGCAGCAUGGAGGCCAAGCCAGAAGCUAGCCCUCAGCUGCCAAAGAAAUCUGUCACUGCCAGCACGUUGACAUCUACAGGAAGCAGCGAAGCACCAGCCUCGUUUGAUGGGGUGCUACCAGAAGAGGAGGAGGCAGUAGCAGAGAGUCCUGUGGAAAAAGACCUCGGCAUUGCAAAUAUCAUGGGAGAGAAGAUAGAGAUCAUUGCUCCUGUGAACUCCCCUUCCCUGGACUUCAAUGACAAUGAAGACAUUCCCACAGAGCUCAGCGACUCGUCUGAGACCCACGAUGAAGGUGAAGUCCAGGCCUUUUACGAGGAUUUGAAUGGCCGUCAGUACGUGAAUGAAGUGUUCAACUUCAGCGUGGACAAACUGUAUGACUUGCUUUUCACGGACUCUCAGUUCCAGAGAGACUUCAUGGAACAGCGUCGGUUCUCUGAUAUUAUUUUUCAUCCCUGGAAGAAGGAAGAAAAUGGCAAUCAGACCAGAGUGAUCCUCUAUACCAUUACCCUCACCAACCCUUUGGCCCCCAAAACUGCCACUGUCACUGAGACGCAGACAAUGUACAAAGCCAGCCAAGAAAGCGAGUGCUAUGUCAUAGAUGCAGAGGUGCUAACUCACGACGUCCCCUACCACGAUUAUUUCUACACCAUUAACCGCUACACGUUGACUCGUGUUGCCAGAAACAAAAGCCGACUCAGGGUUUCCACAGAACUACGUUACAGAAAACAGCCAUGGGGGCUGGUGAAAUCCUUCAUCGAGAAAAAUUUCUGGAGCGGCCUAGAAGAUUAUUUCCGUCAUUUGGAAAGUGAACUGACCAAAACCGAGAGCACAUACCUGGCUGAGGUCCACCGACAAUCCCCCAAAGAGAAAGUGAGCAAGCAAUCAACCGUCCGCCGGCGGAAACGGGCCCAUCCCCACCUGCGGGUGCCGCACUUGGAGGAGGUGCUGAGUCCCGUCACCACCCCCACGGACGAGGAGGUUGCUCACCGAAUCAAGCAUGUGGCAGGUUCCACUCAGACACGGCACAUCCCUGAGGAGAGCCCCAGUGGCUUCCACCUGCAGAGUGUCUCCAAGCUGCUCCUCGUCAUCAGUUUUGUGAUCUGUUUCAGUCUGGUGUUGCUGGUCAUUCUCAAUAUGAUGCUGUUCUACAAACUCUGGAUGUUGGAGUACACUACCCAGACGCUCACAGCAUGGCAGGGCUUGCGGCUCCAGGAGAGGUUACCCCAAUCUCAGACAGAAUGGGCCCAGUUACUAGAAUCUCAGCAGAAGUAUCAUGACUCAGAGCUACAAAAAUGGCGCGAGAUCAUCAAAUCCUCCGUGAUGCUUCUAGACCAGAUGAAGGAUUCACUAAUAAAUCUCCAGAAUGGCAUCGGGUCCCGGGACUUCGGGUCAGAUCCAGAAGAGAAACGGAAACGUUUCCACUAACAGGCAGGAAUGCAGGAGGCCAGAGGACGGUGUGCAAUAUGUGUAAAUAGGAUAUAUAAAUAUAUAUAUAAAUAUAUAUAUAUACAGAAUAUAAAUAUAUAUAUUAUAUACAGAUUUUAAGAGAAAAAAAAGCCUACGUAUCGCGAGGAAGGACUGACCUCCAAACACUGGUUGAAAUGGAGCGUCUCGGUGGUAGUGUGGGGUGUGCGUGUGUGUGCGUGUGGGAGGGCUGUGCUCUCCUGGCACUGAGGUGCGCUUAGGGAUGCACCUGAGUGUGCUACCCUGGGCUUUUGCACCACUCUUCUGUAAUACUCCUGGCUGUCUGUUCGUCUGUCUGUCUGUUUUGUUUUUGUUGUUUCAAAGGGAAGCAUCAGAGCGAAUGCCCCUCCCCUCCCUGCGCAUGAAGGUCCCUGACUGACUCUGUGUAUCUACACAUAUAAAGGGAACACUGUCAACUUUCUUACCUUGCUGGCUUCAGGACAGAGAGGUUUUGGCAAUCGCCAUCAAUCCCUCACAAAACUGCUCUGCGUUUGGAGAGGAGGCCUCCAGAGGAAUUGCUCUAGGUCUGUGGAGAGCAGGUCUCACUGGCAAUCAUCUUUAUGUCUCUUGGAGCAGAAAUGCAAUUUGCUGUUGUGUUGGCCAGCCUGGUUCGGAGAGCAAAGCACAGAAUGUAAAUAAGCCUGAAAAGCUUUCUCCAAACACCUAGUUUGCCUCCUCCUGCUAUUGAUACUGCAUUAAUUGCCAAGGAGAUGGUGGGAAGGGGAAGGAUCUGCCCACAUGGUGCUCGGAUGGAGGAGAGCCACACUGCAGAAAGCACACUUCCAUCUGUUUUGACAGUGUCCCCUUUAUGUUUUCUGUGGUUCUCUGCUUUUUGUGUGCUUGGGCCCCUGCCAUUAAGCCAUCCCUGUGCUGAAGAUCUACAUCGGUGCUGAUAAGGGUUGUCUGUGUGACUUCUCACAACAGGGGGAGUGCCCCAACUUAAAAAACAAAAUCAAAAUGAGUAUUUCUAUGCGAGCCCUCCUUUCUGCCAAACCACGUGCUAAUAGCACAGUGUGGAGUGGGAAAGCUAAGGGAACUUAGCAGAACCGCUCCUGCCAUCCUGCUCAGCAAAUUUACCUCUUGCCCCCUAGUCUGAGAGACCACUUUGCUCAUACCUCUUAGCCCUCACCUUUACUUCUAAUCUAUGUGGGAAAAUAUUAGGUAGAAAAGAAAAAAUUCCUUUCCUUUAACAAUGACAACAAAAGGACACCUUCGCUUUGGAUCCUUACCUGACUGCAAGCUAGAGCAGCAAGGCCUCCAUCGGUCCCAUAGAGGUUAGGAAGAGUCACAGGGACCAAAAAAGAAAAGAAAAAAGGGACUAAAAAGGGACUGUUACAGGGUGCAGGACAGACUGGGGGAUGUCCACACUGUAAGGCAUCUGACUGGUCUCUCUCCUAAGCUGCACAGCAAUGCAUCUGCUCUCUAAGCAAGUCAGGUGCAUUAAAGACAUUGUGUGUUUUUACUACUUCUGGGGGAUAAUUCCAGAUUCCCUUUAGCAGCCAAAUGAGAAAGAAGGGCAGAGAGGCUGUGAUGUGCAGUGUACCAAAAGCCACUGUGAGUGGGUGGGAUGCAGGGUGCUU